AUGCCCGGAAAAUGCUGUGUUGGUGUUAUGGGAUGGCUGCUAUCCUGCCGACAAGCUUAUCAAGAAGGAAUCAACAUACUAUAUGCCUCAAACACUUUCCACACAUCAAGCAAACGGAUGAUAUUGCGUAUGCCCGCGUUGAUUCAACAAAGACGACUUGACACUAUUACGUCCUUCGAGAUCGUCUGGGAAACUGCCCCUUGGCUUAUAGUUUCUGCAGUUCAAGAUGACAGAGGGGCUCCGCCUCUUUCUGAUCUUGCAUCUUUCGAGCUAUUUAUGGACAUUAUUCCCGACCUUUUCCCAAACAUCAAGAAGCUUCACAUCGCCAUACAAGGAGAUGUUUUGCCAAGAUGCAUACACUUGAAGAAAAAGCGGCGCAAUGCAAUUGUCGAAGAGGGAAUCAUUGACAGAGUCGACAAAAUGGUCCGGCAACUGAAGCACCAUGUCGACUUUUCCGUUGCCAUGCCCACGAGUACCUACAUUGUGCAAAAGAGACGUGCUCUUCUCCAGAACUGGAAGGUAUUCCAGAGGCAUGAGACGGGUGAUAUCGAGCGGUAUUGGAGACCACUGAGAUAUUGCUUACCGAGAACUGGGUAUUGGUUCUGUCUGGGAGAGAAAGAUGUAAAGAGGAAGUCAGCGAUGGCUGUCAUCGGACGAAAAGCUUUGCCGAACCCGCCUGUUGGUGAAGAGUAUGAUGUUUUCUUCCGUCGAUGA